AUGGUGGGGUCAAACAAUGACCUGAAUGUGCUCCACGCGUCUCCGAUAUUUAACGAUAUUUUGCAGGGUAAAGCACCAGAUAUGUCAUACGUUGUGAAUGGAAAUGAAUACAAGUAUGGAUAUUACCUAGGUGAUGGGAUAUACCCAGAGUAUGCUACAUUUGUUAAGUCUUUUUCGUUUCCAGCCGAUGAGAAACGAAAAUUGUUCAAGUUAGCACAGGAAUCUGCACAGAAGGACGUUGAAAGAGCAUUUGGAGUCCUAAAACAAAGAUGUCACAUAAUCAAGCAUCCAGCAAGAACAUGGGAUAGGGCAAAACUAACGACAGUGUUGACUGCCUGUGUGAUUUUACAUAACAUGAUAAUAGAAGAAGAGGGCAGAGCUAUUUGUUCAUAUACCGACAACGAUGCACUUAACUCACCUGCAGUAAUACAAGUUGGGAGCCCGGCAUACUUCUCUAGGGUUUUGGAAAUACAAAAUCGUGAAACACAUCACAAUCUACGACACGAUUUGACCGAGCACAUAUGGGAGAGACAACACCAAGGGGGAAAUGACGAUGAAGACGAAGAGGACGAGGGCGAUGAUUACGACGAGAAUGCAGACGGUGACGACGAGGCGGAUGAGGAUAAGGAUGAUGAUGAUGAUGACAACGAGUAG